CCGGGUGAGUGCGGGGGCGGGAGGCGCUGGCCAGCCCGGCGCAGUGUGCAGCCCGCGCGGCGCGGCCCGGACGCGCCCAGGCCGGGGGUCCGCGCGCCCAUGGCGGGGUCGGGGCGGCGGAGGGUGAGCAUGCAGGAGCACAUGGCCAUCAACGUGAGCCCGGGCCCCAUCCGGCCCAUCCACCUCAUCUCCGCCUACUUCCCGCGCUCCUACCCCUUCGUGGGGCGCCCCCUGCACCCGGCCGCGGGGGCCCCCCGCCCCGCGUCCCUGCCGCAGCCCCUCCCGGAGCCAGACGGCGACUCGGACGACAGCACCGCCCUGGGCGCCCUGGAGUUCACCCUCCUGCUGGACGCCGACAACAGCGCCCUCCACUGCACGGCGCACCGGGCCAAGGGCCUCAAGCCGCCGGCGUCGGGCUCCCUGGACACCUACGUCAAGGCUGACCUGCUCCCGGGGGCCAGCAAGGCCAGCCGGCUGCGGACGCGCACGGUGCGGGGCACGGGCAGCCCCGUCUGGGAGGAGACCCUCACCUACCACGGCUUCACGCGCCAGGACGCGGCCCGCAAGACGCUGCGGCUGUGCGUGUGCGAGGACCCCAGGCUGCGGCGCCGGCGGGCGGCCCCCCUGGGGGAGCUGCGCGUGCCCCUGCGGAAGCUGGUCCCCAACCGUGCCCGGAGCUUCGACGUGUGCCUGGAGCAGCGCAGGCUGAUCAAGCGGCCCAAGAGCCUGGACACCGGCCGAGGCAUGGCCCUGUAUGAGCAGGUGGACGCAGAGGCGGCCGGGGAGGAGCGUGGCCGCGUCCUGCUGUCGCUGUGCUACAGCUCCCGGCGGGGGGGCCUGCUCGUGGGGGUGCUGCGCUGCACCCACCUCGCCCCCAUGGAUGCCAAUGGCUACUCGGACCCGUUUGUCCGGCUCUUCCUGCACCCGAACGUGGGGAAGAAAUCCAAGUACAAGACCAGUGUCCGGAAGAAGACCCUGAACCCCGAGUUCAACGAGGAGUUCUUCUACGCGGGCCCCAGGGAGGAGCUGGCCCAGAAGGCGCUGCUGGUGUCCGUGUGGGACUAUGACCUGGGCACGGCCGACGACUUCAUUGGUGGGGUGCAGCUGAGCGGCCAGGCCGGCGGGGAGCAGCAGUGGCACUGGCACGAGUGCCUGGGCCACAGUGACCGCCGGCUGGAGCUGUGGCACCCGCUGGACGGGGCACCCCUCCCGCUCAGCGACUAGGCCAGCCCCUCCCCCUAGCCGCCAGCACCCAGUCACCCCCGUAGCCAGCCCUGUCCCGCUCAGAACAGGCACCCAGCCCCCCACCAGGGCCCCCUGCAGCCAGCCCCCUCUGCCCCCAGAGCCCCCUGCAGCCAGCCCCUUCCUGCCCCCAGAGCCCCCUUCGGCCAGCCCCUUCCUGCCCCCAGAGCCCCCUGCGGUCAGCCCCCUCCCGCUCAGCAACAGGCACCCAGUUCCCGCGCCCAGCCCCCGAGGCUCCCUGCGUCCCCGAGCAAUAAAGGCGUCCAGAGCAGA